CCCUUCACCCGCUCUAGCGCUUUUCUCUUUUCUCUUCAUCUUCUCAAAUCCAGCAAACCGUCUUUCGUGGUGGGCAGAAUCUCUUUCUCUUCUCCUCUCGUCAUUUCCUGCGCUGAGUCAACGGGGUUUAGCAUAGCGUCUCUUUCGAGCGUUUGUUUCUCCUUAGAUAAAACGUCUCUUUCGAGCGUUUGUUUCUCCUUAGAUAAAACGUCUCUUUCGAGCGUUUGUUCUACCUUCGGCAUAGCGUCUCUUUCGAGCGUUUGCACUUCUUUCGACACAACGUCUCUUUCGAGCGUUUGUUCUCCACACACCAACAACUCACUCCCCGCCUCUCUUUUCUUUCGAUUCAUCAUCUUCUCCCCCAU